UUAACCCUCUCAUCAGUGGAACUGACUGCACCCUCGGCCACCAACUGCUGUGUGUCAGGACACUCAAACUGGUCCUGGGGCCAGGGAGGGACAGACCGAGGUUCUCGGGGAUUUGCGGAACGGAAAAGCACUUCCUAUAAUUUAAAGCAGGAGAAUCAGCAAAUUUCCAGAAAUCCUCCAGAAUUUACGUGGUGUGUGAGUCAGUUUUUUUUCCGCUAAAGCGCUUUGUGUCGGAUAGACCGUUGGAAAUUGGCGGGUGUGGUAAAGUGAAGGCGGAGCUGGACGAUGAGAGGCCGCUCUCGGCUCUGUCCGUCACUCUGUCUCCUCCCCUCCCCGCCUCUGUCUCUCUGCGCGUUUCUCGGGCAGGUCGGGGCGCUGUGUAUAAAAGGAGACAUCAGCAGUUGGUUUGUCACUGAGCAGCGACCUGAGUGAAGCAGCAUCAUGUCUGGCAGAGGGAAAGGAGGCAAAGGACUGGGCAAAGGCGGAGCCAAGCGGCACCGUAAAGUGCUCCGGGAUAACAUCCAGGGCAUCACCAAACCGGCCAUCCGGCGUCUGGCUCGCCGUGGCGGCGUCAAGCGGAUCUCGGGUCUGAUCUACGAGGAGACCCGCGGGGUGCUGAAGGUUUUCCUGGAGAAUGUGAUCCGGGAUGCGGUCACCUACACUGAACACGCCAAGCGCAAGACGGUCACUGCCAUGGAUGUGGUGUACGCUCUGAAACGCCAGGGCCGCACUCUCUAUGGCUUCGGCGGCUGAAAAACUCCCACUUCCUCCCGAGAACAACACAAAGGCUCUUCUAAGAGCCACCCACCGCCUCAGACGGAGCCGUGUCCACAACCUUUUAAUUAUUUUUAUCGAUAUAUUUGGCUGAGCUACUUUUGAAGCAGAUUAUUCCGAUCCGCUUGAAAUAUCCCUGCGAUUCUGCUUUUUCAAUCGGUGAUUACGGCAGAAGCUCGGAAUGCAUUAAGAUCGAUCAGCAUCCCCUUGUCUGUCUCGGACAGAAAUCAGUUCCCUCAUUCAGAGAAACGAUUCUGUACUCAUCCAUUUAA